CUCCGCCUGCCGCAUCCGCCACCGUUUCGCUCCUCCUCCUCCUCCUCCUCCCUCAGGUUGCAAGAAAGGAAGGAUCGAUUGUCUUCUUCCUACGCAGCGCUUCCCUACUCCCUUUACUUUGCGUGAAACAAUAGGAAUUUCUUCGAAUUGCAAAUGGAGGCCAUUGCUCGCACUGCUAUGUAUCCUCAGUACCGCUGCAAAAACAUAUACCUGGUGAGGCAUGCUCAAGGUAUUCAUAAUGUGGAAGGCGAAAAGGAUCAUAGUGCCUACAUGUCGCCUGCGCUGCUUGAUGCUCACAUUACCCCUUUGGGUUGGAGCCAAGUUGAUAGCCUGCGAGAACAUGUGACAAAAUGUGGACUAGACAAAAAGAUUGAGCUGGUUAUUGUUUCCCCUCUAUUGAGGACUAUGCAAACUGCAGUGGGGGUCUUUGGUCAUGGGAGCAAUACUGAUGAAGCAAGUGCAUCACCAUUAUUAAUGGUAGAAGGUGCUGGACACAGUGGACAUAAGGCUAUUUCAAGUUUGAACUGCCCACCAUUUCUUGCAGUUGAGGCCUGCAGGGAGCGCUUGGGUGUUCAUCCCUGUGACCGGAGGAGCAGCAUUACAAAAUAUCGUGCUCUCUUUCCUGCCAUUGAUUUUUCCUUGAUAGAGAACAAUGAAGAUGUUCUUUGGGAACCAGAAGUCAGAGAAACAAUUGAAUCUGUUGCUGCCAGGGGCAUGAAGUUUAUUGACUGGUUAUGGACAAGAGAAGAAAAAGACAUAGCUAUUGUCACCCACAGUAGUUUUUUGGAUUUCACUUUAAACAUGUAUGGUAAAGAGUGCCAUCCAGCCAUAGCAGAGGAACAGAGGAAGCGCUUUGCCAAUUGUGAACUUCGCUCAAUGGUGUUGGUCGAUGUAAGUAAGCUUGGAUCAGGAACCCAUACUUGUAAUUUCUCUGGGAAGAUACCAUUCGGACUUGAUCUUCCUAGUGAUGUUGUGGACAAGAAGUGAGCUAGAGCACCAGCCUGCAUUCGAGGCGGUCUCCUCAAGUUUUUCUUUUGGAAGUGAAGAACAGUUUGUAACAAUAUUGGAAUGGCCUUUAAAGUGACCAAAGCGCAAGUGAAGCUAGAAGAUUAUAUAUAAAGGCACACAAGAAGAAGUGGAUUUGGAGAUUACCUGAAGUCAAUAGUGGAUUGAUCCAUAUUAUUUGCUUUUUAGAAGAUCCAUAUAAACAUGUAUAUGUGCUUUGAUUGGUUGGCAUGCAUGACUAUGUGUUAGCAAUGGCCUAUGUGCCUCACUACAAGAAAUAUGUCAACUUGUGACCU